GGCUCCGCCGAGAGGCAGUCCGGCCCGAGGCCCGAGAGGACCAAGAGCUCCGCGGCGCCCGAGGCUGGACCCGGGAAGGUCCGCGUGAAGAUCUGCCCGCGCCCGGCCGGGAGGAGCAACUAUCGCUUAGCCCACCUCAUCGCCGUGACCAGGAACAACCAGGGAGAAGACGGGCAGGCCGCGUACUGCCUCGCGGCCGUGCAGCUGAACAAGGGGUGCCCCGCGAAGCUGAUCCGGCUGGUGCCCGGCACCGGCCACUUCUGGGCCGAGGCCGGCGCCCCCGUCAACGGGCUCCCGGAGGAGAUGCGGCACAUCCAUAGCAAGCCCGAGAACGGCAUUCCCUGGGAGCCGCAGUGGCAGUUUCGGCCGUUCGUGGUGUCCUACGAGAAGGGCAGCCUGCCAGACGCCGUGACAGGCCCGCACAGGCACGACGACGUGGUGACGCGGAACCUGAAGUACGUCGAGCCGCUGGAGGACAACGACGAGCUCGACGAGCAGCUGUUCCGGAUAUCAACCGACCAGGUGGAGGAGGUGUGGCCGAGAUCUUGGUGGGCGACCAAAAAGAGCCUUCUGCCAGAAGCACCGGUGACUUCCCUGGCGGUGUUCAGAGGCCGCAUCACGUGGAUCGAGUGGAGACCGGGGGCAUCUCCUCGGCUUCACCUGCAGAUCGGGGACACCCUGAUACCGGAGGUGCCCUACGCCGCCCACCGGCUGCAGGGUGACAAGGGCUACGACGCGCUGUGCUGGCUCAAAGAGCACUGCGAGUGCAUGUUUCUCCUGGGCCUUUCGCGGACGUUCGCAAAGACCGGCAUCACGCCGCAAUGCCCCAUCCUGCUGCUGAGGGUCUUCCCGAUGUGAUUUACAUAGCUUGCGCACUGCCAGGUGCUGCCCGCAGCCUCAGUCUGGACCCAGUUCCAGGUCUAAUUUGGAGUGAUCCCGAUCCGAUUUUGUCCCGAUCUUCGUGUCGUUUUGCCAGCCCCGGGGUGUCUUCCAGCAGCUGUGCGCCCUGCCAGGGGGAGCGUGCCCGCGGUGCCCGGGCUCGUGGCGCCAUCGGCCGCCGGAGAGCCGAGCUGUGGCCCGCCACCCCCCGCUUGGGCGCCCCGCUCGUGGACGUCCCCGACUUGCGAGCUCGGCUCCGGGCGCACGGCCGUAGACCUCAAGGGGCGCCGCUCGCGAACGAAAAAGGCACGGGUCGGAGCGGACACCGUUGCUGUCGUGGCCAACGUGCCGCCUGCUAGCCCUUGGAGACCUGUCCACAGAGGCGCU